CAAAUUGAGUAAGAAAACGGCAAUUACCCUCCUCUUUCUUUCAAUUAGAACGGCGUUCUUGCAAUUACAAAACCAGAUCCAACUCACGGUUUCAAUUCCAAACCCUCUUCCCCUCCCCUCCCAUCUUCUUUCGAGAUCUCCAUCCUUCUCCACUUCAUCUGCUUCUCUUCUCCGGAUCCGGCAGAAGAGUUCCCUUAAGCGCAUGGCGAGGCGUUAUGAUAGCAAUCCCUUCGAAGAGGAGGAGGAGGUUAACCCUUUCUCGAACUCAGCAAGUGUUCCUCCGGCAUUAAACACGAGGCUAUCACCUCUUCCUCCAGAACCUGCUGAUUUCUACAAUGACCGCCUUGGUGCAACAAUAGAUAUUCCCAUGGAUACAACAAAGGAUCUCAAGAAAAAGGAGAAGGAACUACAGGCCAAGGAAGCCGAGCUCGAUAAGAGGGAAAAGGAUCUUAAACGUAGAGAAGAUGCUGCAGCACGAGCUGGUAUUGUAAUAGAGGAACAAAAUUGGCCACCUUUCUUUCCAAUUAUUCAUCAUGAUAUUGCAAAUGAGAUACCAAUCCACUUACAAAGAUUGCAGUACUUUGCGUUCGCAUCGCUGUUAGGAUUAACUGUAUGCCUGUUUUGGAAUAUUCUAGCAGUUACUGCAGCUUGGAUUAAGGGAGAAGGUGCCACAAUCUGGUUCCUUUCCAUCAUCUACUUCAUUUCAGGUGUACCAGGAGCUUAUGUAUUGUGGUAUAAGCCUCUUUAUCGUGCCAUGAGGACGGAAAGUGCCUUGAACUUUGGAUGGUUUUUUCUAUUUUACCUGCUUCAUAUUGGUUUUGUGAUCUAUGCUUCCGUGGCUCCUCCAAUUAUUUUCAAGGGAAAAUCAUUGACAGGAAUUUUGCCAGCGGUGGAUAUCAUCAGUGAGCAUGCCCUAGUUGGGAUCUUUUAUUUCAUUGGAUUUGGUAUGUUCUGCCUUGAAUCACUGCUCAGUGUCUGGGUUAUUCAGCAAGUGUACAUGUACUUCCGAGGGAGUGGAAAAGAAGCAGAGAUGAAGAAGGAGGUAGCACGGGGAGCUUUAAGAGCAGCGAUAUGAUUUAUUGCAUCAUUUCUUAUCUGGAUUGUGUGUAAUAUCAGGCAAAUCAAUCUUCUUUUUUUUUCAAUGUUCAUGCAAAUUUGAGCUCUCGCUAGUCCCAUGUGACUUGGGCCUUCUCUUUGAACCAUAUUUUCAUAUUUGUACACUGAAGCCAUUGGAAACACUACUACAGUUUCUCAUACUGAACAAUACUUUUUCAUAAAGUGAACUGAGAUGCAACUAGCAUCUUGUAGAUUGUA